AUGGCGGCCACUAGCAGCCAUCUUCGUGAACCGGAAAGAGUCAACUUGCUCGCUGACCAAGAUGACAGCGAUAACGAGGAUGAGGUUCAUGUAAAGAGAAACCCACAAAUGUGGCCGAUGAACCUGGCCAACUCGUCCCAUGCUGAAGCUGGACUCGUGGAUUCCGAUGGAAUUCUUCCGGGCUGCGUCGGAAAGGCAAACCGAAUGAUCCGCAUCGCUUUUCUGCGCAAGGUACUCGGAAUCGUGGGAUUCCAGCUGCUUUUUACGAUUGGAAUUUGUGCGGCAAUCUACCACAUUCCAAACUCCAAUUUGAUCUUGAAAAAUAAGUGA